GUUUUCAAAUGAGAGGUAGAGAGAGAGCACGAGGCAACCGGCCAGGAGCUUGGGGAAGACGAAGGGCAUAGAGCUAUGGCUACAGCAGAUCAAGACGACAUGCAAGAUACCAACAGCGAAGCAGCAACCGAGGAUUGGGGAUAUGAGCAGCUUUGGAAAACUUUCAUGAAGUAUGGGAGGGUUUAUGCCAUUUACAGCCCUAUAAGAAGAAAUAAGGAGGGGAACAGAUUUGGGUUUGUCCGUUUUUUGGAUGUUAAAAAUGAAAAAAAAUUAGAGAGGCAACUAGAUCAAAUAUGGGUGGAAAAUCGCAAACUGAGGGUCAAGUCUCCCCGCUUUAAGAAAAACUCCAAGGAGUUAGCUUUGAUGAAGAGGACAAAAAGUGCUAUUGCAAGAAGGACAUGCAGCAACGCUGAUGUUGUAGCUGGGCGUAAUAGCGGGUUACAGCAGAACACAAUAAGCAAAGUAGGAACUGAUACUCGAAGAGAAAGACAGUUUGCUAGUUCUGUAAGCUGCUAUAGGGAAGUGGGUAUGGAGAAAAAAAAGAAAAAGUUGAAACAUGGGUUGGACUGGAUUUCAACCCACGAGGAUUGGAUUUGGCUUGAAGGGUGCUACGUUGGCAUAGCAAGAGCAGUGGAAUUGGUGUUAAUUCUACAAGAGCGAUUCUACAUGGAAGGCUUGUUCUCCGUAAGAUUGAGAGCAAUGGGAGGCAAAAUGGUUCUUAUUGACUGUGAUGACAAAGAAGAACUCAAAGACCUUAUAGAAUUGGCAAGUGAUUGGCUCAGCCAAUGGUUCGACGAGAUCCGGCCAUGGACUCCAACUCUAGUAGCAACUGAGAGAUUUGUUUGGGUGAAAUGUUUUGGAGUCUCUCUGCAUGCUUGGGGACCUGAUUUGUUCAACACCAUUGCCACGUUGUGGGGGAAGUUCAUCUCUCUAGAUGAAAGUGAAGAAAACUUAUGAAAAGAGAGAACUUUGAGUAUACUGAAUUGUAUUCAAUCUGAUGAAUGACUACAUACAUAUGUUAGUAUAUAUAUAUACAAGAUAUUCUAAGUAUAUGCCUAAAAUUUUGGUCUUGACCGUUGCUUGAUUUCUCCUUAAAUUAUGCACUAUGAGUAAUAGCUAGAGUUGCUUUUUCCCUUCUGAUAUCUUUUGUAUCCUUAGCUGAUCCUUUUUCCCUUCUAAUAUCUUCUGUUUCCUUUCUUAGCUUAUAUGCUGUUGUUGGAUUUGAUUCUUGUGAUCUUGCUUGUUUUGAUUUAGUCUUCAUACUCCCCCUCAAACUGGCGUGAGGUGACUCAACCAAACCCAGUUUGAACUUUAACAACUGAAAUUGAGAGCGCGAAAGUGGUUUUGUAAGCAUGUCUGCAAUUUGAUCAUUGCUGGGAAUAUAUCUGGUUACUAGUGUACUAAGUGCUACUUUUUCUCUAACAAAGUGAUAAUCUAAUU